CAAAGUUCAUAUGUUUAAUUCGCAUCAAAGAUUAAAGGCAGUGAGCCACGCAACAAGUAGCUUUUGUUGUUCAUAAUAUUAUAUAAAUUGUUAACAUAUAUUCUCUAAUUUAUUCAUCGUGUAAACUACAAACUGUGUUACUAUGAAAUAAUGUCAUCGCAACAGCGCAAAUUCAUACGGAAACAAAACGUUUCAAACAACACUGCAUAUACUGUAAAUACAAACACGCAUCUAUUUUUGUAAUGCUCACAACAGUCGUAACAAUUGCAAUUAGUGUUGGCUAAAGCUACCAAAACAUUAAAGAUACAAGAGACAGGUGGAGAUGGCUGCGAUAAAGAACAUCGCGUUGGGCAUUUUGUAUGGCCUGUGGGACAGCAUACGCGGUAUGACGCUGGUACUGCAUAUAGACAAUGAAGUGGCCAGGCAAAAUGCAGAACUGGAGACAAUGCGCCAACUGCGCAGAAUGGACAGGGAUCAAUAUAAACAAGCGCGACGCUCGCCUUCGCCAGUGCCCAGCUCGGCAGCGGCAUUGAUACGUGAAGAGUUGGAGAAGCGGGCAGAGGCCAAUUCCGAUGAACGUACUUUGGAAAAAAUAUUCAAAAAGAAACCCGCAGAGGAACCAGAGCCUCAGGCCGAGAAGAAAAUAGCAAAGAAGCUAUUAAAGUGCUGCCUGCUCAAUGGCGGCUUUACCUGGCUAAGCAUUGUGCUGUUUGAGAAUGUGCUGCUACCCACUCUCAAAUUCUGCCUCACCAUCUUCUAUGGCGCGCAAUCGGAUACGCUACCCUUCGUCUGGAGCUGGCUGCAUCCCAUCUUGUCGCUGAUCUUUGGCAUGAUGUGGGUGCUACCUAUAUUCAUGCUAUCGAAAAUCGUCAGUUCCCUAUGGUUUGCGGACAUUGCGAAUGCGGCGUAUCGCGUGCGCAAAGGUCGCCCCCAAUUAAUACCCGGUAUAAGUAAAUUGGUGGCCGAUUUCCUCUUCAGCAUGGUGGUGCAAAUGUUGUUCCUCGUGCAGAGCAUGCUGGUGAACUUGGUGCCAGUCAAAUAUGUUGGCUCCUCGUUAUGCUUUCUGCAUUUGUGCCUCCUCUACUCGCUGUACUCCUUUGAGUACAAAUGGUUUAACAUGGGCUGGGAGCUGCACCGGCGUCUCACUUACAUCGAAAAGAAUUGGCCAUAUUUCCUUGGCUUCGGCAUACCGCUGACGGUGCUAACAAAUAUGUCUAGCUCUGUGAUUGUCAGCAGCUGCAUCUUCUCCAUCUUCUUUCCACUCUUCAUACUGAGCGGCAAUGAGGCCAAGCCCAUUGUGGAUACGACUGAAUUUUCCCUUCGGCUCUUCUCGCCGGUUGUUUUCAUAUCAAAUCUGUGCUUUGGCGGCAAUCCGUGGAGCAAAACUAAUCGAAUGUUACUUCAACAGCGCAAGCAACUGGAGCAGGAGCGUCGUGAAGAGUUGCUGCUAAAGCAAAAGAAGCACCAGCAUAUGCUGCAGCAGCAGCGGAGUCGAGAGACGCGGAGUGAACAUUCGCAUUCUCGUUCCCGCACACCGCAGCUUGGGCAGCCACAUUAUCGUUACGCCCAGCCGCCGGCCUUUGAUGCAGCUCGAGUGCGCGACUCUUCAGCCUCGUCGACGCAUAGCUCGAACGCUGCCACGCCAAAUAGCUAUAGGCCGCCCCCAUUCUUUGGCGGCGCAGGCAUGCACAGCAACGUGCCCCUCGUGCCCAUACCUGUGCCCGGAGCGCCCCGCACGCCUAUUGUUGUGCGCGAGGAGUCGGGUCCAGAUGACUGGAAUUUGUGAGAUUUUUAUACAUAUAUGCA